AUACUAAAAGAUAAUUUGACCCCCCAUCACAGACCCAGAAGCGCUCUCUCCCUCUCUAUUUCUCUCUCUCUCUCUCUCUCUCUCUCUCUCUCUCUGACUUGGUAGAAAAAUUCAUCGAAUGUAGAGUAAUAUUAUUGAUGGGGGGGAUGGUGCAGGACGAGGGAUCAUCGUCGGUGACAUCAUCGCCGCUGCAGAGUUUCUCGCUGAUGUCCCUCUCGCCGGCAGCGCAGCUGAUGUCGCCGCCGGUGACGUGGCUACGAGAGCUGAAGUCCGACGAACGGGGGCUGUAUCUGAUACAUCUCCUCCUCAACUGCGCCAACCACGUGGCCGCCGGCAAGCUCGAGCACGCCAACGCGUGUCUCGAGCAUAUCUCGCUUCUUGCUGCUCCCGACGGCGACACCAUGCAGCGCAUCGCGUCCCACUUCACGGACGCCCUCGCCCGCCGGGUGCUCCGCUCCUGGCCCGGCCUGUACCGGGCACUCCACCCUCCGUCGGCGGCGGCGGCGUCCCGGCUGCCGCCCGAGGCCCUCCUCGCCCGCCGCCAUUUCUUCGACCUCUGCCCCUUCGUCCGCCUUGCCUUCCUCGUGUCCAACCAGGCCAUCCUCGAGGCGAUGGAGGGGGAGCGGGUGGUCCACGUCGUCGACCUCGGGGGCGCCGCCUCCGACGCCGCCCAGUGGGCAGCCCUCCUCCAGGCCCUCCGCGCUCGCCCGGAGGGCCCGCCCCACCUCCGCCUCACCGUCGUCCACGACCAGAAGGAGUUCCUCGACGUCGCCGCCAUGCGCCUCUCCGAGGAGGCCGAGCGCCUCGAUAUCCCCUUCCAAUUCCACCCCGUCCUCGCCCGCCUCGAGAACGUCGACGUCGAGAUGCUCCGCGUCAAGACCGGCGAGGCGUUGGCCAUCAGCUCCGUGCUUCAGCUUCACACCAUUCUCGCCGCCGACGACGAUCCCGCCGUCGCCGGCCACCAAAGGAAAACCCCGUCACCCUUCACCAAGAAUUCAAACAAUGUCCAGCUUCACAGAAUUGCCCAGAUGAGCCACCGGGGCACGCUGGGGGAGCUACUGGAGAAGGACCCUGUCAACGGGUACAGCCCCAGCCCGGACUCUGCAACCUCGUCGCCGCUUGCAUCGGCCCCGUCGCCAAAAACGGAGAGCUUCUUGGCAUCACUGUGGGGGCUGUCGCCGAAGAUCAUGACGGUGGCGGAGCAGGAGUCGAACCACAACGGGCCAAUGCUGACGGAGCGGUUCACGGAGGCGCUCAACUUCUAUGCUGCAUUGUUUGAUUGCCUGGAGUCGACGGCGCCGAGGAUGUCGGUCGAGCGGGCGAGGGUGGAGAAGAUGCUGUUCGGCGAGGAGAUCAAGAAUAUCAUCACCUGCGAGGGCGCCGAGAGGAGGGAGCGGCAUGAGAAGCUGGAGAAAUGGGUGCAGAGGCUGGAGCUCGCCGGAUUCGGAAGGGUGCCGCUGAGCUACUUCGCAACGCUGCAGGCCAGGAGGCUGCUGCAGGGCUACGGAUGUGAGGGUUACAAGGUGAGGGAGGAGAAGGGGUGUUUGUUUAUUUGCUGGCAGGAUAGGCCCCUCUUCUCUGUUUCAGCUUGGAGGUUCAAGAGAUUUGAGUGAGUUGUGGAGGCUGCUUAAAUUUUCCUCAACAUAACACCUCGUGUAAAGGGUUUAAUUCUAUUUCUUAAGCUUACUUUCUUGAAAUGCAUAACAUUUUUGACUGGAAUGUGCUAUGUGGAUCAUUUCAUUGCUCAA